GAAAGUAGAGAAAUCAACACAGCAUCAGCAACUUUACUAAACUUUGAAGAUAACUAAAAAUGGAAUUUCCAAUACGGAUUUUGGUGCUCUUUGCAUUGCUGGCCUUUCCAGCAUGUGUCCACGGUGCAAUCCGCAAGUACACGUUUAAUGUGGUAACGAAGCAAAUGACGCGGCUUUGCUCAACGAAACAGAUAGUUACCGUUAACGGUAAGUUUCCAGGACCCACAAUCUAUGCUAAUGAAGACGACACAGUUCUCGUUAACGUCGUCAACAACGUCAAGUAUAAUGUCUCUAUCCAUUGGCAUGGAAUAAGACAAUUACGAACCGGUUGGGCCGAUGGACCAGCCUACAUAACCCAAUGCCCCAUUAAACCAGGUCACAGCUACGUGUAUAACUUCACGGUCACAGGGCAACGUGGAACACUCUGGUGGCACGCACAUGUUCUCUGGCUCCGAGCUACGGUUCAUGGUGCCAUCGUGAUUCUGCCAAAACCGGGUCUACCUUACCCGUUCCCUAAACCACACAGAGAAGAAGUCAUCGUACUAGGUGAGUGGUGGAAAUCCGACACCGAAAAUGUUAUUAAUGAAGCAUUAAAAUCCGGUUUAGCACCUAAUGUCUCAGAUGCUCAUGUCAUUAACGGCCAUUCAGGUCUCGUCCCAAACUGCCCUUCGCAAGGUAAUUUUAAAUUGGUGGUAGAGAGCGGAAAAACAUACAUGCUACGACUAAUAAACGCAGCACUGAACGAAGAGCUGUUCUUCAAGAUCGCUGGUCACCGCUUCACCAUUGUGGAAGUUGACGCCGUCUACGUCAAAACCUUCACCACUGAUACAAUCCUAAUCGCACCCGGCCAAACCACCACCGCCUUAGUCUCGGCUGCCCGUCCCUCAGGCAAAUACCUAAUUGCCGCCGCUCCAUUCCAAGACUCGACCGUCGUGGCUGUGGACAAUCGUACAGCCACUGCUACAGUACAUUACUCCGGCACACUCUCGGCCACACCUACCAAAACCACUUCACCACCUCCUCAGAAUGCCACUUUCGUUGCCAACUCGUUUGUUAAUUCUCUACGCAGUCUUAAUUCAGUCAUAUAUCCAGCUAAAGUUCCAACCAGUGUAGAUCAUGAUCUCUUAUUCACCGUCGGAUUAGGAAUCAACCGUUGUCACAGUUGUAAAGCCGGGAAUUUGACACGAGUAGUCGCUACGAUAAACAACAUUACAUUCAAAAUGCCUAAAACAGCUCUGCUUCAAGCGCAUUACUUCAACCUAACUGGAAUCUACACAACCGAUUUUCCAGCUAAACCGCACCAUGUUUUUGAUUAUACCGGGAAACCACCUUCGAAUCUUGCAACCAUGAAAGCCACAAAGCUUUACAAGCUUCCGUACAAUUCAACUGUGCAAGUUAUUUUACAGGAUACUGGAAAUGUGGCACCGGAGAACCAUCCAAUUCAUCUUCAUGGAUUUAAUUUCUUUGUAGUUGGUAUUGGAUCUGGUAAUUAUAACUCCAAAAAAGAUUCCAAGAAAUUUAAUCUUGUUGAUCCUGUGGAGAGGAAUACGGUUGGAGUACCUUCUGGUGGUUGGGCGGCCAUCAGAUUUCGAGCGGAUAAUCCUGGUGUUUGGUUUAUGCAUUGCCAUUUAGAGGUGCACACAACAUGGGGACUUAAGAUGGCUUUUCUGGUGGAGAAUGGUAAAGGCCCCAACCAAUCAAUUCUUCCUCCUCCAAGCGAUCUUCCCAAAUGUUGACAACUCCAAAAUUAAUCAAUCAAGUCUUUUUUUUUUAUCAAACAUCAAUUAAGUCUUUUCUUGAUAUAUUUCAAUUAGAUAUUUGUGUGCAAACAGUCACACUGCAGUAAUUGUAUGCUUGUGUUACGCUUUAAUGAAAUGAUGAAAAAGCACACCCGUUUUCAACUCACCAAUAUUUUAUA